GUCUGCGUUGUAAAUAACAUGUGAAACGUUUGGAUUUUAAUCGAUAGCAGAAACAAGUGAUAUUAGACCAAUUCGAUGCACGAAGUGGCAUAAAAACAAAUUGUUUAGUCGACAAAGUUAUUCAAGUGUACUAAAAUGUAAAAUAGAGUUUUCUGAAAUGCAUACAUAGCUUAUAUUAUUAUUAGUAAUCAGUGAUUGUCUCGCAAUUGUUUUAAAUCUGUUUUGGAAUCUCGACAGAGAUUCUUUUUCAAGACUGAUAACCUUAUCGUACCACUGUCGUGCUAAUCAAGGCACGUCGAAAAUAGAAAAAAGAAGUUAUGUAGAAAGCAGAAAGUUACGCGAACAUGCUACUGUAUAAUAAUGCCUCUUACAUCAUAGUAUCAUACUAGAUACCGUAUCGUAUGUAAAUGAUUACACCAUACUUGCGUGGUAUGCAUACAGACAUCACAUUAUUAUUAUAAUACUACACUUUGGUUCGAGUUUGAUGAAUUAACGUUAAUGAAAAAUCUAGUCAAAUUUUUCAUAUUUUACAAAAAGAAAAUCUUUUGAUAAUAUUUAUCCGUUUGUUUUUUUGUGGUAUAAAACAAUCGUACUUGUUUAUUGUACAUGUACACAAGCAUGUAGAUAAAGAACAUGGGAAGUUAGUAAUAACGUUCGAACUGUUUGUCUCUUGGCGUUUUGUAAAUGAAUGCAUAUUGGUUGCGCGUUUCCAUGACUACGGGCUCGAAAACAGAACAUAGCGCAUCGAAAAGUCGCGAGUUUACAUGGAAUGUAGACUUCAUUGUUGAUUCGGAACUUGGGUUUGCCUUCUUUUUUAGUAUGACUGGUAAAGCAACAAAUCAAGAUAAUGCCAGGGAGCUGGCCUUACAGGCUUCCAUACAAGAAGAUACGCAGAGGAAAACUGAUCCGGAGGAAAGCCAUGAAAAAUCUUUAAUUAUUCUCGGAAGCAGAGAGGUGGGAAAAACCACGAUGAUAUACAGAUUUCUAGAAAAGGAGGAUACGCCAAAACCGACUCUCGCGAUGGACUACUCGUACGGGCGAAAAGCAGGAAAGAGUUUGGUGAAAGACGUGGUGCACGUGUGGGAGGUAGGACACUUAGCCCCGUCCCUGAUAUCCGGCUCGAUGAGGGGCUGCACCCUCAGUCACUCGGCCCAUCACACAACCGUCCUGAUAAUGCUCGACCUCGGCAAGCCGGACGUGCUCUGGAAUUCCCUCGAGGAAUGCCUUGUGGCCGUAAGAGCCGCGAUGAUGAUGAGUUACCAGCAGGAGUUGGUUCACGACUUGCGUGAGCGCAAGAUCCGGUAUCUGAGAGAACGAGCCAAGCCCGGGACGGAGGACGAGCCGCCAGUGGACGACCCGUUUCCGAUGAGGCUCUGCCUCAUAGGCGGCAAGUAUGACGAGUUUCGCGAGUUGCACAGCGGCGACGACAAAGAGUCGAUCGGGCAAGCGCUUAGGGCGGCGGCGCACGUACUGGGUGCCGGACUACAUUAUCACUCGGCCAAGGACUCGCACCUGCUCAGAAGGACUAAGGAGCUGCUCUCGCAUUAUGGAUUCAAGGGACAGUCCACGAAGGCGAGCGUCACCGACUACGACAAGCCGCUAUCCGUAGCCGCCGGUAGCGACUCCUUCUCCGCGAUCGACCUGAAAAUUUCGCGGAACGAUUACGCCGUGACCUUGGACGAGAUCAAGCAAAUCUACGUGAGGCGGUUCCCGCAGGUGCCCAAGAACCAGGACGUCUUGCCCGGCGACAUGGACGACCCGGCCAACGAUCCAAACUUCAACGAGCCCAUCGUCGACCGACUUCGACUUCAACGGGAACAGGAAAUCAGCGUGCUCCUGCGAGACAUGCUCGAGGCACCGCUGGCCAACAUUCCCAUUCCGGAGCCUUACUAGGACGCGUCUGCAGGACUUCAUGUGAAUAUCUCGCUCAUCGUGCUGCAGUCGUCGAUAAUAUCGAUUAGGCAUCCGUCAGAGUCGCAUUUUGUUUAUAUAGCGUUGGUGGGAAGUUGAAUAAUUAAGAAUACUGUACAUAUGAAAGAAUAAAAGUUUAUACAAUGCAUA